GAUUGAGAGCUCACCAUUAGUAGAUGUUUGAGCUGCGGUCCGGCGGUCCUGUUAUUUGAUUUUUACACACCAACAAGAACAUACGUUUCUAGAACACCUAGAUCGCUGGGAUUUUAUUACAACGCAACGAGUAUACACAUUCAACCUCUGCUGGAUAUAAGAAAGUUGAAGAGGAAGCUGCCGACUGGACUCAUGUCCUAUUUACUGUAAUAGGUUAGCUUCUGACUUUUACGCACAUCGGGGUAAUGAUGGCUCGGCUCGGUCAAGGCAGGUUUUUGAGACGCUGAAGCUCGGGAAAAGGCUGGAGGAAGAGGACCGAGUGAACGCGGGAGGCGAGAGGAGCCACGGCCGCCGCGGACAGCCGCUGAAAUGAGAUGAGGCUCAGAAAUGGAACUGUUGCCACUGUCCUCAUCUUCUUCACCUCUUUUCUCAGUCUGUCCUGGUACACCGCCUGGCAGAACGGAAAGGAGAAGUUGGUAGCAUAUCAGCGGGAGUUUCAUGCUCUGCGUGAGCGUCUGCGUGCAGCCGAGCAUCGAACCCUGCAGCGCUCCUCUGAGCUGAACACCGUCCUGGAACAGUUCCGACGUGCCAUCGCAGAGACCAAUGGCAGCAAGGAUGCCCUCACCAACUUCUCAGAUGAGACCCAGAAACUUCUGAAGGACCUGGCACACAGGAAACCUCUUCAAGUGCCCAAUAUCUUCCACCACUUGCCUCACCUGCUAAACAAUGAGGGUGGUCUGCACCCUGCAGUGCAGGUGGGCCAAGGGCGCACGGGAGUUUCUUUGGUAAUGGGGAUUCCUACUGUCAAGCGGCAAGUGAAAUCAUACCUGGCGGAGACUUUACAUUCACUCAUCGACAAACUCACGCCUGAAGAGAAGCUUGACUGCGUGAUCAUAGUCUUCAUAGGGGAGACGGACAUGAAUCAUGUGCAUAGUGUGGUCUCGGGCCUUGAGAAAGAAUUUUCUACAGAGCUGAAUUCAGGGCUGUUGGAGGUCAUCUCCCCCCCUGCCAGUUACUAUCCAGACCUCAACAACCUCAAAGAGACAUUUGGGGACUCCAAAGAGAGAGUGAAAUGGCGAACAAAGCAGAACUUGGACUAUUCAUUCCUCAUGAUGUAUGCAGUCAGCAGAGGAGUUUAUUAUGUCCAGUUAGAAGAUGAUAUCGUUGCAAAGCCCAACUACUUUGCCACUAUGAAGAACUUUGCCAUGCAGCUGGCUUCUGAAGACUGGAUGAUCCUGGAGUUCUCCCAGCUAGGUUUCAUUGGUAAGAUGUUCCAGGCUCCUGAUCUGAAUCUUAUAGUAGAGUUCAUAUUUAUGUUCUACAAGGAGAAGCCAAUCGACUGGCUGUUGGACCACAUUCUCUGGGUGAAAGUUUGCAACCCUGAGAAAGAUGCUAAACACUGUGAGAGACAGAAGUCCAGUCUGCGGAUUCGCUUCAGACCAUCUUUAUUCCAGCAUGUGGGCCUGCACUCUUCACUUGCAGGGAAAAUCCAGAAACUCACGGAUAAAGACUUCCUGAAGCCUCUUCUGCAUAAGAUCCAUGUUAAUCCACCAGCAGAAGUGUCCACCUCUUUAAAGGUGUAUCAGGGCCACACGCUGGAGAAAACCUACAUGGGAGAGGAUUUCUUCUGGGCCAUUACCCCUAUGGCAGGAGACUACGUGCUCUUUAAGUUUGACCGCCCAGUCAGCAUAGAACGGUUCUUGUUCCGCAGUGGAAAUCAAGAGCACCCAGGGGAUAAAAUCGAGAACACCACAAUUGAAAUCCUGCCCUUCUCGGAUACAGAACUGAAGACCAAAGAGAAGUACAAACACACAGAUGACCAUUUUUACAGAGUCGGGGAGUUUGAGAAUGGAGUGGCUGAGGGUAAAAUGGACCCCGCCCUUAACCCUGUGGCUGCUUUGCGUCUCACGGUCCUGAAGGACUCUGCGGUGUGGGCUAUUAUCAGUGAGAUUCACAUAAAGAGACUUGCUGGAUAGUUGUGUGUAGGCCUUCACCAUUCCUGCUCCCAUGAGGCCAAGCUGUGCUGUAAAGGCCCUUGCCGGGAUUUUAACACAGUGACAUCAUUGCAGCGCAUGGACGCUACCAAUCAGAGUGUCACUUUAAGGAUUGCUGGCUUACUCUCUCUUCAUCUCUUUGUGUUACUCGAUUCAUAUUUCUCCUUUUUUUUUUGUUUUUUUUUUUUUAAAUAUUCUUUUUCUUUUUUUUUUUUUUACUUUAGGCUCAUCAUGCUUUUUCUUUUAACGAUUUCAUUUUCAUCAAGACAUUUCCUUCGUGUUUUCUGCUCAUCAGUGUGAAUACUACUGUACAAAAGAUGCUUUUUGAAGGAACAAAAUUAGACACUGAAGCUCGAGCCUUGAAGAAUUUAUCUAAUAUAAAGUUGGUGUUUGUAAGAAUGUUGGCUGUCAUUCUUCUUCCCACUGAAGGAGAAAUAUUACAUGUAGUCACUCCUCAUGGACAUGCCAUUCACGAUCAGUGAAACAAGGCAAACCUGUAUUUUGUUUUGCUUUCAUUUUUUUAGAUGUUGGUGUAUACUUUACACAAGAUUAUCAGGAAAAAUUAUAUUUUCUGGGGGGUUUUUUUAGUUAGAAAGUGGAUAAAGGUGUUGCUUACUUGAGUUUAGCAGUACAGGGAUAUGGCACUCCGUUUAAACUCAUUUUGUUAUGUUCAAGAAACAAUGACUACUUUGCCAAAAUGCUUUUGAAAGGAAUUUGUAAAGAACAGAACACACAGUGCAGGUCUCCUGUACAGCAGGAAGCUCUGCCUACCCUUUUCCCCCCAGUAAUGUCCUUUAAUAUUAAACCAAUCAGCGUAUGCCUUUCAUAGGAAGGGACACACUUAUUUUGACGAACUAUAAAGGUGAUUUAACUUAUUUGAAAUAAAUGUUUAAUUUGUACAAGAGAGGGUUUUUUUUAAAUUAUUUUUUAUGCUGUGAAAUGUUUAUGAUGCAGACAACGUAAAUAACUUUGGUAAAUAUUUGAUGUGUGUAUAUAAUAAAUAA